UCUCGAUCUUGUAUUUCAGGGCUAGGGUUUGAGAUUUUGUGCAAAUUAUUCAGAGAUGGCAAUGAAGCAAUUCUUCUCCGAAAUCAAGGGCUUGAAAGUUAAGGAGCUGCCUGCCUAUGUGAAACCGAUGCUCUCCAUUGAUGCUGCCAAGAAGGUUGUGCAGAGAAGUCUCGACAAUUACCAUGCCAAGUACAUUCAAACUAGUUCAAUUGAUCCUCUCUUUCAUGUCUGCUUUGGUGGUAUGAUCUUUUCGUACCUCGUUGCGCUUCCUGAGGAACGACGCCACCUUGAACAUCAGCAACACGCCAAAGAACAUGGUGGCCAUUGAUUGAGUUCUUUAUAUUUUGAGGGUGAAGGUGCCUCAAAGGUGUUUCUGGUCAAUAAUUUGUUUCCCGAAUGUUUUUGUAUCUUAGUCUUACUGGCAGAAACUUGCAAUUCUUUUCUUUUAUACAUGGUGCCAGAGGAAAUAAACGUACUUUUCGGUGAUGUCUAAUCAUAUCAUUUAUGGCAACCAUUGUUGAGUCGCAGCACACGUUCAUGGCUGGUUUAUUUACUUUAUUGCACAUUAUCCUUCUCCAUACUUGUUUCUCUAGUUAGUUCUUUCCCAAUGGCCUAUAAUACUAUUGCUGCAGACUUCAGAUGCAAA